AGACGCAACAUGUUCGACAAGUUGAGCGAUUUUUUUUUGUUUUUUUGAUUUGUUGUAUGAUUUUUUUUGCAAACACGUCUGGAUUACACCUGCCGCGCAUAAAGUUCAAUACAAAGAUGUAUUAGCCAAAUUAAUACAGAGUGCGUGUGUGCAUGCGUAAGCAGAAAGUAGCUUAAAAGUAGUGGUGAAAAGCAAGUGCGAAAAAUACAAGCAAACAAGCAAGCUGACCAAAUUGUGGGCGAAUCAACAAGAAAAGGAGAAUGAAUGAUGAGGAAAAAAAGUAGUACUAGAAAAAAAAUGCGAAAGCUACUGUGAAGUGACAAAAUAAAGAGUGACAAGAUAAAGAGCAACAAAAUAAAGCAACAACAAAAAAUAGUCACAAUAACAAUAAGUCGCUGCUGACGUCGCCGUCGCCGCUUACGUUGACGUCGCCGCUGCCGUUGCCUACGGUGUUGUGUUGGUUUGUGUGUGUGUGUGCGUACGUGCGUGUUUUUAGUAGCGAGAGCGCGUACGUCGUCGUUUUUCCCUUUAUAAUCUUCGUAUUUGAAAAUAUUCUAAUAUUUUUUCGGGUUUGUAUCCGUAUCCAACAUAAAAUAACUUAAGCACUAGCGCCGCCUUGUGUUUCCAGCAGAAUCAGCGUUUUAAGGCAGCGUGUAGUUCGCAACGCUUUGCAGAGACAGAUCCAUGCAAAAUGUCUAGUCCUGACGAUAGAAUACCAAUACAUGAUUUACCGCCAGAAGCCGGAAACGGUGAGCGAAUGAUACACUUUGAUGUCCACCACCAAGCCGUUGAUAUUGAUCAGCAGAUACUGGAGCUAAAAAAGGAACAGGAAUUGCAAAAACAAAGGCUGCUGCAUACUUUUCAGGAGCAAACGAAGCAAAUGGAACGAGAGCAUAAAAUGCAAUUGGAGCACAAGUAUCAAUAUGCGGUGCAUUCACAUGGCGCUUUCCAGGAAUUGCGUGAACAAAGCAUCAUCGAAACGGCAGUCGUGGAGGAGCAUCAUAGGCAGCAGCAGCAGCAACAGCAACAACACCACCACCAUCAACAGCAUCAUCAUCAGCAGCAGCAACAACACCAGCAGCAGCAACAACAACAACAUCAGCAGCACCAGCAACAACAACAGCAACAGCGCGAGAGACGAGAUCGAGAAGCGAUGAAACGCAAAGAGAAUUGCAGCGCCAAUGCCAGCCCCGAAGUUAAACAGAUUCUCAAUUGCUUCCUCCUGAGUCGCAAGUCACAGGCGGCGGCAUCUAAUGGCACAACCAACACGUCCCCCUAUCGAAAUCGCGGUGUUGUCAAGAGCUCCUCCGGAGAGUCGCUGCCCGCAGGCACGGUGACCAGCGCGCAUCCGUACAAAAUACCUCAGCCGCCCUCAUCACUGCACAAAUAUGAAUCUGAUUUCCCGCUGAGGAAAACAGCAUCCGAGCCGAACCUGCUGAAGAUUCGCCUCAAGCAGAGCGUCAUUGAGCGGAAGGCGCGCAUCGGUGGGCCCGCAGUGGCGCGACGGCACGAGCGACUGCUCCAGGCGGCUCAGCGCAGGCAGCAGAAGAACUCCGUCUUGACAAACUGCAACAGCACUCCGGACUCGGGUCCGAACUCGCCGCCCUCCUCGGCGCUGGCCGUCGGCGUUGUGGGCAGUCGUGGCUCCCCGACCAGCGCCCCCAUCCAGGAAGAGAACGAGGAGGGGAGUCAGUUCCAGCCGGGCCAGCGCAGCAACAUCCACGACCUGCCCCUAUUCAGCUCGCCCUCGCUGCCGAACAUAUCGCUGGGCCGUCCGCAUUUAACGAACGCACAAGCCAGCGCUCAAGCCUCGGUGCACGCCAACUACGCGAUGUUUGCGGCACUGCAGCAGCACGCGGCUCUAGCCGGCAGUGCCGGUGUGCCGGGAGCACCACCCACGUACUACAAUCCGCUGGUUAUGCCGUUCGGUGGUCGCCAACCGGGACCGGGACCACUAGGGAUGGUGCCACCUACGGGCAUUGCGCCGCAGCAGCCAUCGCCAGUUGUGCGCAGCGCCUCGGCCACAUCCACAUCUUCGUCACAGGCCUCGCUGGUAGGUGAUGUGGCGCCGCCUCAGGCGCAUGCCGCCUCCACAAUUCUGCCCUCGUCUUCGUCCUACAUGCAACAGGUGAGUGGCGCCUCUGCAGUCAAUUUGCAUGCAGCAGCCGUCGCUGCAGCGGCUGCCGCAGCAGCUGCUGGCAACAUGCCACCCACAAACAGCCAUGGUGGACUCUACGGGCAUCACCACAACACGCCCAUUCCCAUUACCGAUGCACAGGUUGCGCAGGCGCAUCUGAACAAGCAAGGUCAUCGGCCGUUGGGGCGCACACAGUCAGCACCCCUGCCCUUGGGCCAUCCCAUGCUCACGGGCACGGGUCAGGUGAAUGUUGUCCAGACGCACUACGAGAACAGUGAGGCAGAGCGACAGGCCUAUGAGCACCAGGUGCUCACCCAAAAACUGCGCCAGACCGUGCUCACACGGAGCGGGGCCGUCCGCGAGCUCCAGCUGAAGGAGGAGGAUGACUCGGCCGCCGAGGUCAUGGAUCUCACAGACAAGAAGAAGCCCCCGAAGACGGUUCUCACAAGCACCAUAGCGACAAGUACCUCGCAGAAUCUACCCGAGGCCCUGGCGGCUGCUGCAGGGGCCGCAACAACGCUGUACGCGUCACCAGGUGUGCCGCAUGCGCCGGCCAAGCCGAGCAAACGCGACCAGGAGUAUCUGCAGCAGCAGCGUGAACUGCUGGCCAAAGGACUCAAUCGACCGCUAUCGCGAACAUUGUCCAGCCCAUUGGUUCCGCUGGGGCCGCAUGGCCUUAGUCAGAUACCGGACACAGGGCAGCAUCCGACGCCUAUAGCCACCUCAUCCUCGGCCGACCACAUACCACCCGUUAAUCUUACUCUGCCGCACAAGCGUCACAUACUCACGAACUAUCCGGGCGCGGUAGUGCCCCUGGGUGUCUCCAAUGCCUAUACAUCUGCAAUGGCUGCGGCCCAGCUGCGUCAGCAUCCGCAUGGCACGGCGGCAAUGCCACCGGCCACAUCGCCACCAGGAUCGCUGACGCCCGCCUCCUCGAACCCGUCCCUGCACAAGAUCACCACGGGCCUAGCCUACGAUAAUCUCAUGCUGAAGCACACGUGCAUCUGUGGCGACAAUGCUGUGCAUCCGGAGCACAGCGGCCGACUUCAGAGCGUGUGGGCGCGCCUGAUCGAGACGGAUCUAAUUAAGCGAUGCGAUCGUCUGCGCUCGCGCAAAGCCACUCAAGAGGAGCUGCAGACGGUUCACACGGAGGCGCACGCAAUGCUUUUUGGCUCCAAUCAGUGUCAGCUGAAUCGUCAGAAGCUGGAGAGCGCCCUCUCCGCCAGCUUUGUGCGACUUACGUGCGGUGGUCUGGGCGUUGAUCUGGACACCACAUGGAAUGAACAUCACACGGCGGCGGCAGCUCGCAUGGCAGCGGGUUGUGUCAUCGACCUGGCCUUUAAAACGGCCAAGGGCGAUCUCAAAAACGGCUUUGCCGUGGUGCGUCCACCUGGCCACCAUGCCGAGGCAAAUUUGGCCAUGGGCUUCUGCUUUUUCAACUCAAUUGCGAUUGCGGCCAAGCUACUCCGCCAGCGCAUGCCGGAAAUGAAGCGCAUUCUAAUUGUGGAUUGGGAUGUGCAUCAUGGCAAUGGCACGCAGCAGGCAUUCUACCAAAGUCCCGAAAUUCUAUAUCUUUCCAUACAUCGACACGAUGACGGCAAUUUCUUUCCUGGCACAGGCGGUCCCACAGAGUGCGGUGCCGGUGCCGGCAUUGGCUUCAAUGUAAACAUCUCCUGGUCCGGCGCUCUAAAGCCGCCGCUGGGCGAUGCCGAGUAUAUCGCUGCAUUCCGUACCGUUGUGAUGCCCAUAGCCAAGUGCUUCAAUCCGGACAUUGUUCUCGUCUCAUCCGGCUUCGAUGCAGCCGCCGGCCAUCCCGCGCCGCUUGGCGGCUACCACGUCUCGCCCGCCUGCUUCGGCUUCAUGACGCGCGAACUCCUCCAGUUGGCCAAUGGCAAGGUGGUUCUGGCCCUCGAAGGCGGCUAUGAUUUGGCGGCGAUUUGUGAUUCAGCGCAGGAGUGUGUGCGCGCCCUUCUUGGUGAUCCCGCAGCGCCGAUUGCUAAAGCAGAACUGGAACGCCCGCCAUGUCAGAAUGCCAUUAAUACGCUACAGAAGACUAUUGCUAUACAGCAAACACAUUGGCCGUGUGUGCGACGCUUGGAACAUACUGUUGGUUUGUCCGCGCUGGACGCGCUUAAAAUAGAGCACGACGAGUCCGAAACUGUGACGGCCAUGGCGGGCCUCUCCAUGCAGUCGAUGCACAGAACGCUGUCGCGUGAUGACUCCGAGGAGCCAAUGGAUCAAGAUGAAACCAAAUAGACGGCGGAUCCUGCUGUCUGCUCAAUGAAAAUCACUUUAGUUAUUGUUGUAGUCUAAUAGGUGUUGUUCGGGCCGAGACGUGUGCGUAGCUUUUGCCUCAAUUGGAAUCACCAGCGCCAUCAUCAUUGUCAGCCAACUAACGCUAUCUCCUUUUCACACACACACACAAACACACACUUCCCCUCUCUCUCUCUCUCUCUCUCUCACUCUCGUUCACACGCUAUCUAUCUCAGGUGCAUACUCACAGCAGCAGCAGAAAGCAGUUAGCAAGAAAGCACGCAGGACACGCUAUUGUAGUUUACUGCACAAUAAUGAAAGAAAAAAAAAAAAACAAUUUUUAUAAAACAUCAGGCGCGUCACAAUGAACUGGAAUAAUAGUUCAGCACAAUACAUUCACAUGCUGCACACACACACACACACACACACAUAUACACAAACAACUCGUUAGUGAUGGGAGUUGGAGUUGAAGGUGGAGGGGUUCUUGAAGUUUAUGGAUGAGAAAAAAAGUUGCUGUGCAGCAAACAAAAUGUACCAUCGAAUGAGCCAGAGGAGUAAUCAAGGCCUAAAGUUCAAAACGUGGCUGUGCCACACAACAAAAUGAAGAAUUAAUUAAUAGAAAAUAUAACUGCGCAAUGCAUAAAUGCGAAUGCAUUGAAAUUAAA